ACGUGACGAGUGACGACUGACGACCGUGUUUACAUUGACAUUUGACAUUUCGUCUGGCUGUUUACAUUCUACAACACAAUGUGGCAUAUAACCUAUAAAUCGACAUAUUAACAAGAUCUAGACUACCAAUCUAAAAAUAAACAGACAAGCUAACAUCUGCAUUGGAUGUUGAAAUCGAAUUUAGUCCCAAACCUAUUACGCGUACGGCUUUUUGUUAGCGCAAAUAUUUAUCUUCAUCAAUAUUUUUAUUCGAAACGAACCAUGUCUCUAGAACAAGCAAAACAAGUAGCAGCAUAUCGAGCAGUUGAUGAAUUUGUCCAAAACAAUAGCAUUUUUGGCGUAGGAAGUGGAUCAACGGUAGUGUAUGCCGUGCAACGUUUAGCAGAGCGUGUGGAAACUGAAAACCUUAAAGUUAUAUGCAUUCCUACAUCAUUUCAAGCAAAACAAUUGAUAAACAAACAUAACCUAGUGUUGGGAGAACUUGAUACAAAUCCUGAGAUAGAUGUUACCAUAGAUGGUGCUGAUGAAGUUGAUUCAAAUUUGACCUUGAUCAAAGGAGGUGGAGGUUGUUUAUUACAAGAAAAAAUUGUAGCAUCAUGUUCAAAAAAACUUAUUGUAAUUGCCGAUUACACAAAAGACUCCAAAAAAUUAGGUGAUAGAUAUAAAAAAGGUAUACCCAUUGAAGUGAUUCCAAUGGCCUAUGUUCCUAUUAAAAAUAAAAUUAUUUCAUUGUUUGGAGGAGAAAUUAAAUUAAGAAGUGCUGUUGCGAAGGCUGGUCCUGUAGUAACAGAUAAUGGAAAUUUCAUUUUAGACUGGAUGUUUGCUGAUCAAGAUUUGGAUUGGGAAAAGGUAAAUAAUGCCAUUAAAAUGAUUCCUGGAGUUGUAGAAACUGGAUUGUUUGUCAAAAUGUGCUGUAAAGCAUACUUCGGGCAACCUGAAGGCACUGUAAAGGAAACAAAUUAAAAUAAUCUUCUAUAAAAUCUACUUUAUAAAAGUUAUUAAUGAAUCUAUAGUUUAAGCAAUGUUCUAAUGUAAGUAAACAAAAAAUUCGAUUUUUUUAUACUAUGGACUGGGUCCAUACUUUUUUCUUUUCAGUUUAAUAUCUCAGUAAGCACAAAAAUUUUUUUUAUAUUUAUUUAUUACUUCUACUACAUUAAAAACCCCAACUUCUAAGACCAUUAUUUAU